ACACUCACUUCCCACUCUAAACCCCAAAACCUGAAACCAGCCAUGAAAACCCCACAGCUCCCUCUCUCCAUCCUCCUCUCCUUCCUCCUCCUCCUCCUGCUCUCCACCUCCUCACAAGCCCAAACCCCAAAAUGCAGCGUCCAAGACCAGGGGUCAACCCUGGAGGUGUUCCACAUAUACAGCCCCUGCUCUCCAUUCAGGCCCUCCACUCCAUCCCUCUCCUGGGAAGAGUCCAUCCUGCAGAUGCAGCAGAAGGACCAGGCCAGGCUCCAGUUCCUGUCGAGCCUCGUGGUGCGCAGGUCGGUGGUGCCGGUGGCGUCGGGGAGGCAGAUCAUCCAGAGCCCCACUUACAUCCUGAGGGCCAAGAUCGGGACUCCCCCUCAGACCCUGCUCAUGGCCAUGGACACCAGCAAUGACGCCGCCUGGGUCCCCUGCUCUGGCUGCGUCGGCUGCCCGUCGUCCGUGGCGUUCGCUUCCGCCGAGUCCACCACCUACAAGAACCUCCCUUGCAAGUCUCCUCAGUGCUCUCAGGUGUCGAACCCUACCUGCGGAGGCUGGGCGUGCCUCUUCAACGUGACUUACGGGAGCUCCACCAUCGCGGCGAACCUCUCGCAGGACACUUUCACCCUCGCCUCCGACCCGAUCCCCAACUACACCUUCGGGUGCAUCCAGAAGGCCACGGGCAGCUCCCUGCCGCCGCAGGGCCUACUGGGCCUGGGCCGAGGCCCGUUGUCGCUGCUGUCGCAGUCCCAGAACCUCUACAAGUCCACCUUCUCCUACUGCUUGCCCAGCUUCAAGUCCCUCAACUUCUCCGGGUCGCUGCGGCUUGGCCCGACUGGCCAGCCCCUGCGCAUCAAGUAUACCCCUCUGCUCAAGAACCCGAGGCGGUCAUCCCUCUAUUACGUCAACCUGGUCGCGAUCCGGGUGGGCCGGAAGAUCGUGGACAUCCCGCCCAGCGCGUUCGCUUUCAACCCCACCACCGGCUCAGGGACCAUAUUCGAUUCCGGUACUGUCUUCACUCGGCUAGUGGCGCCGGCCUACACCGCCGUGAGGGACGAGUUCCGCAGACGAGUCGGCAGGAACCUGACCGUGACCUCCCUUGGAGGCUUCGACACCUGCUACUCCGUGCCCAUCGUAGUGCCGACCCUGACCUUCAUGUUCUCGGGCAUGAACGUGACGCUCCCCGCCGACAACCUGCUCAUCCACAGCACCGCCGGCAGCAUCACGUGCUUGGCUAUGGCCGCGUCGCCCGGCGACCUCAACUCCGUGCUCAACGUGAUCGCCAGCAUGCAGCAGCAGAACCACAGGGUGCUCUACGACUUACCGAACUCGAGGCUCGGAGUGGCCCGCGAGCGCUGUAGCUGAUUAGAUUUGCGAUAUGAGGUUCGAUGUGUUGGUGGCGUUAUGAUAUUGUCUUGUGUAAGGGCACGUCGUUUGGAUGGGUCAUGAAUUUACUAGCGGUUCAUUUGAUUAAUUGUUUCGGUGUGGGGGUUUCGAAUCGGAACAUUGUGGUUUCAAUUUCAUCCAAUGAUGCUUCCAAUUUCGUCUUGCUGUA